GCUCGCUGGCUUUCCUGCGCUGCUUAGGCGGCCUGGGGAAGCUCCAGUCCCAGGGAUAAUGGAACCAGUACGUGUUAUAUGAGAUCUCCCACAUUAGGCUCACAGCAGCAGCAACAGCAGAAGGAGAUCGCCCUUCCCCCGGCUGUCCUGCGGGAGAAGGCUGUUCCAAGGCCAGGAAGGAGGGAGUUGUUGCGGAACAGACAUGGAGGGGAUCUCAGCCCUGGAAAAGAAUGUGGCCGAGCUGACAGUUAUGGAUGUCUAUGACAUCGCUUCUGCAGUGGGACAGGAGUUCGAGAGGGUCAUUGACCAAUAUGGCUGCGAAGUUAUCGGCAGGCUUAUGCCCAAAGUGGUACGGGUGCUGGAAAUUCUGGAGGUUCUGGUCAGUAGGAACCACAUCAACCCAGAGAUGGAAGAACUGAGACUGGAACUGGACAGACUGAGGCUGGAACGAAUGGACAGGAUAGAAAAGGAAAAGAAGCACCAGAAGGAGCUUGAGCUGGUGGAAGACGUGUGGCGUGGAGAAGCACAGGAUCUUCUGAAUCAGAUAGCCCAGCUUCAGGAAGAAAACAAACAGCUUGUAUCUAACCUGUCCCAAAAGGAUAUCAAUCUCACUGAGGAGGAGUUUCAGAAACAUGAAGGAAUGUCUGAAAGAGAAAGACAAGUUAUGAAGAAGUUAAAGGAGGUGGUAGAUAAACAAAGGGAUGAAAUAAGGGCUAAAGAUCGUGAGCUUGUGCUUAAAAAUGAGGAUGUGGAAGCUUUACAGCAGCAACAGAGCCGUCUAAUGAAAAUUAAUCAUGAUCUGCGGCAUCGCGUAACUGUUGUAGAAGCUCAGGGUAAGGCUCUGAUUGAACAAAAGGUGGAACUGGAAGCAUAUUUGCAAACAAAGGAACAGGAAGCAGCCAGUAUGAGACUAGAGAUUGGUAAACUGAGGGACAAACUGAAAGGAGAGCAGCAUACAAAUGGAGAGGAGAUAAAGACAGAAACUCUAAAUGAAGAGAGUAUCUUAGAAACAGAAAAAUUGUCUCUGGAUCUUAAAGAUUCCAACAGGCCCAGGUUUACCUUACAAGAGCUGAGAGACGUCUUACAUGAGAGAAAUGAGCUAAAAGCCAAAGUCUUUAUGUUGCAGGAGGAACUUGCUUAUUAUAAAAGUGAAGAAGCAGACGAAGAACAUAAACUGCCACAAUCUUCACCUGUGAUUGAUUCUAAAGCACCCAUCCCUCAGGAGUCUGGCAUCAAACGACUGUUUAGCUUUUUCUCAAGAGAUAAAAAGCGUAUGCCGAUGAUGCAAAAGAAUGUCCACUUUCAGGAAUCCUUUGGACAAUGGACAGAGUAUAACAGGGAUGAUGUUUAUACAGAACAAGGACAAGAAGCAUUACAGCACAUGUGACAUAUUUUGCUUUGCCUUAUAUGCCUAAAAAACACAUUUCACAAUGGGACAAUGACAAAUCCACUAGGUCACCGGGUCUUUUUGUUUGUCAGGGAAAAUAAGUGAAAUUCUUAAAACACAGGGAAACAAAGCUGCUUGUAAUCAUAAGUGCAAGAGGCGAUCAGGUUCCAGGUUGUCAGUAAUCCAUGUCUUUCAGAAGAACAAAGCAAUAGAAAACAAGUUCCAUUUGUAGGUAUUUGUUGUAAUCCUUAAAAAUUCUAACAAAAAACAGGCCACCUGCUUAUAGUUAUGUUAAAAAAUAAAAAUCCAGCCAUUGGCCAAAAUCAGGAGCCUCCAGUUUGGCUCUUGUGAGACUCUACAACUAGUGGGAGUUUAAAUUGUCCAUACAGGAUGAUAGCAAUCAAAGGCUCAUGCUGGUCCGCAAGAAUAACACAUUUGCUCAUCUUUACUGACUAAAAAGUCAGUAAAGUAUAAAAUGUAUCCAGUUUCUGUAACUAAAAAAAAUAUAAGGAAUCCCCAGUCUGAUGCCAACAUUACAUUUUUUAAUGUUUAAUGUUACCAUUAACCUCAGUUAAUGUAAUUAUAUAAAUAACUGCAAUGUUGGAAACCCUUGAGAAUAAGGGUGAAUGCACACUGCACACACAGCUACUAGUAGCAGCUACUUUUUCAUGGCUACUAAACUCCAGAAAAUACCCUGCCAUAGAUAAUACUGAGAAUUGCCUCUGCUAAAACACACGUAGAGACAAUGAUCAGCAUUGUCUAUUUUUGUAGCCACGAUUAGUAGCUGCUACUAGUAGCUCUAUGUGUCCUUGCCCUUAAAUAUGGGGGACAAAAAUGAUAAAUUCUGCCAGUUUUACAGUAUAAUUGGUCGUUCACGCAAAAACCUUGUGGCAACCAGAAAUAUGUUUAAUUAUUCCUCGUUGGGUUGUGACUAGUGUGGUAUAGCGAGCUAUAAAGUCUGUGGCCCAUGUAACAUAUAUUCUCUGGCUUAUUUUAGCUGGUAUGAGAAAUGCCUAAAUUUGUUAGCCCAAAAAUACAUGUUUUGGACUGAUGGUAAAGGCACCACAGGGGUGUUUUUUGGGUUUCUCUGCCAACAGAAAGGACAACAGCUAUGAGUGCCAUUACCCUAACAAGAGAAGUAUUUUUGCUAAUACAAUCUCAACCAACACUUUUACCAUAGGUUCCCAAAUUGUGGACCUCUGAAGUCCAAAGUUGUAUAUGUUGUGGAACAGCCUGAAGGCCAGUUAGGGAGAUAUUUUUGAUAACAAUAUAUUUGCUGUCCUAAAUUUCCACUGAAAUACAUCAGGGUUACAGGAAAAGUGCUGUAGACACAACACUGCCCCAUAAUGAUCUGCGGUAGAAACAAUAUAAAAUAAAGAUCCUCUACGAUUGUCUUAGAAUAGAAUUAGGUACAUCAUACAACAAUUUCAUUUUUAAAGGGAAAUACCUCUUUACAAGAAUUGAGCUACUGAGCGGUUGUUAAAAAACUUAAUGUUAUGAUAUCUGGAUUUAUAAGUGAAACUGCACUGCAUUAUUUACUGGAAUUAUCAAAAGGGAAAUUUUUUGAUCACAGUAUCACUUUAAAGUUAUAGUGAAUUUGGAUGAGUAUUAUGGUAGGUUAAGGCCAGAUGGACCAUUAUACCCAUAACAGAAAGAGGAUGCAAACAUUUGCAACACUUUUAUUUAUAACAAUAGUUUCCAAACUAUAUUAUUAUUAUGACACCAUAUAACUGUACUAGAUCAGUGCAACAGUGAUUGUAUUAUCUAAAAUGGGAUCUGCGCCCAGCUUUUAUAAAAUAUAUGAAAUUCAUUGUCUUGACCCAUAGGAGGAUACCUACAUUUGCAAGUGUGUAUAUAAAUACAUGCAGGCAUGCAUAUUUAUAUUUUUUAGGUGUAUAUUAUUUGAAAUAUAUUCUCAUGAUUCUCAGAAGGGUUUCAUUUUAUGGGAGCUGUGCUCACCAAGAGAAACACAAAAGUCUUCUACCUACAACUAAAAUUUCAUUCUUGCAUUAAAAUGUUGCAAUAUUACAGAGUGCAGUGCUCAUGAACUUGUCGUUACAGGUAUGGGACCUGUUAUCCAGAAUGGUUGGGACCUGGGGUUUUCCGAAUAAGGGAUCUUUCCAUAAUUUGGAUCUCCAUAACUUAAGUCUGCUAAAAAUCAUUUAAAUACUGAAUAAAACCAAUAGGCUUGUUUUGCCUCCAGUAAGGAUUAAUUAUAUCUUAGUUGGGAUCAAGUACAAGGUACUGUUUUAUUAUUACAGAGAAAAUGGAAAUUAUUUUUAAAAAUUUGAAUUAUUUGCUUAUAAUGGAGUCUAUGGGAGAUGUCCUUUCCGUAAUUCAGAACUUUCUGGAUAAGGGGUUUCCGGAUAAGAGAUCCCAUAUCUGUACUUGGUUCUUGUGAGACAACAAACAUAAACUUAUUCAAUUUCCUAAAUAUCCCACUUGUGGAGUUAGCACAUAUUAUCAUUUAGGAGGUCUGCAGAGUCCAUGGCCCCACAUACGUGGCAAAGAAUUGAGGCUGUAUUCCCUUCAUAUUCGAUAAAAGUCAACCUAGUUUGGAAGGAUAAAUUAUUUUGUUUUGUUUUAUUUAGAAAUGAAUAUAGCUUAGUUUAUGCGUUUCAUCCUAAAUCCGAUUUUCAAAAAAUAAUAUUUCCUGGUCAGUCAAGUCAAAUUUGUAUAAGCACGUAUUGUUCUAAUGAGCUAGAUUUCUCUGAAACUGUGAUCACCAUUGCCUCAGGGGAGGCAUUUCAGUUUGACCUCAGUUGAAUUUGCAAAUUGCAACACUUUGAUUAGAUGAGCAGAGCCUGUUUAGGUGAAGUCCCUGCUGCUCCUGUGUGAUGGCCAAUUAAAGUGUUGUUGGAGAUCUCAGGAGAGCAAUACAGUAUGUGUGAGGUGAAAUAUUUAGAAAUGUGUGAAGCAACAGUGUAUUUAUUUUGUAUUUCAGAAAAAGGCAUUUUUAAGAUUUCUGUGACUCAGAAGAAAGGGUCAGACUAAAAGCUUACUCUGUCACUUUAACCAAAAGAAAUCUACCAAAAGUGCACAGCCGGGUCCCCUAAUGGCCAUAGCAAAGCAGCUCCCAGAGGAGCAAGGCUUGGCACAGAUACAUACUGAGGAUGCAACUUUUAGUUCUCUCAUGGGGUACACGUAUGGCCAAUACUGAGAAUGAAUGUGUGACUGCAGAGCUGCCUGUUACAGUGAGCAAGUGGCUUCCACAUAUACACAGUAGCUGAGUGCUAUGUACAUUCUCCCUGGUAUUGUUAUCUUACUUAGAUAGCUCUAGUAAGAAGCUAAGGUAAUGCAGUGCAACUUAGAUACCACUAUCACACUUGACACAGUUCUACACUCCCAGCCAUCUGAAUCUGGUACAUUUCUCAGCAGCAGCAUUAUGAGUCCCUAUUGUGCAUGCUCCCUGACUUCAAGAUCUGCCAGCAACUAAUGUAUCAAAAUGUAGCAGCGUCUCUUCAAUAGACCUGAGAAAAGCAUUAAAGCAACUUUGAGCUGCUAUUGAACACAGGGGUGAGAAAAAGAAAUUGCUUUGUGUUGUGUUUCCAGUAAGCACACAUCACUGAAUUGAUAACAAAGGUACCUAGCAAUGUAUAUUCUUUUACUGCCAAACAAACUGGAGCUGUAAAGGCAUUAUGGUAGAGAAAAGAAAGUUCUCUCUUUAAAUAAUACUAGUCUCAGUUUGAAAGAACAUUAGUUAUUUUAAACUGAGACUUUUUGGGUUGAGCUGGUGGAGAACAACCCCUAUAACCUUUCUCUAACAGCUACCAGUAGUUUAACAGGUUUACUAAACAUGUUAUAGUGUCAGCUGUCUGCAGGCUCUGUAUUUUGUGUGUUCUUUAUAUGACAGGUCUUCCAUGUGCUUACGGGCCAAAGGAAAAUACUCUUAGUCAUAACUAUUAUGUAUUAAAGGAAUUUCCAUUAAAAAAAAAAAACUGGUCUCUCUAAAAUGAGACCAGUAAUUAGAAUGGAGCAGAGCCAUUACUAAAAUAACAUUCUAUUUUAUUAUUUAUCUUUUUCAGCCAUGUUAAAAUGAAGGUUUCAUGGCAAAUUCUAUAAACCCCAUAUUAAUUUGAAUCUGGAUUCUUCAGUAUUCUCACGAAGCACCUUAAAAUAAGCACUGAAUGUACAGGAGCCCUGUUCUAAGUGCCUGGUGCAUGCAAAUAUGCAAGGUGCCUUUUGUUUGCCAUAUUGAUUUUAAAGUAUUAAGAUUAUGGAUUGUGCAUUAAAAAAAAUAAAUUUUGAUUAACUGA